AUGCGAGGAUAUGGUGACCGCGUUAGAUCCUAUGAACAAGUAGCUGCUUUAUUUAACAAUACUUAUCCAGAUCGUGAACCAAUUGCGAAGUCUACAGUCCAGAAAACGGUCAUUCGAUUUGAUGAAACAGGAUCCGUCACGGACCGACAACGCACUGGCAGACCAAAAUUAGCGACAAACUUGGAUAAGGGUUUAGAAGUGAUGCAAACAUUCGUUGAAAAUCCUCAUUCUACUGUGAGGAAGGCAGCACAGGCGCAUGAUAUUAGUACAAUGUCCAUUCAUCGUAUUUUAGUGAAAGAGAAAUGGCAUCCUUUCAAAAUUAAAAUCACUCAGGAGCUAUCGGAAGAUGAUUUUGAUCGAAGAAAUGAAUUCUACGACGAAAUGAUGCGUCGAUACGACGAUAAUAAUAACUAUUUUGAUCACAUAAUUUUUUUCGACGAAGCUUCUUUUGAAUUAAACGGAGCGGUAAAUCGGCAUAAUUGCCGAUAUUGGAGUGAUGAAAAUCCUCACUGGAUGCGUGAUCUCCGCACGCAGUAUCCCCAAAAACUUAACGUUUGGGCGGGUUUUUGCGAACGUGGUAUUGUCAGGCCAUUCUUCAUUAAUGGGAAUUUGAACGCGGCGAUCUAUCAGGAGCUAUUGCAAAAUGAAGUCAUACCCGCUCUUGAAAAUAUGUUUGAUGGGAACAUAGAAAAUAUUUGGUUCCAACAAGAUGGUGCAGGGCCACACUAUGCAGUAGCAGUACGGCAAUUUUUGGACAAUACUUUUCCAAAUCGAUGGAUAGGAAGACGUGGUCAAAUAGAGUGGCCUGCUAGAUCACCAGAUCUUACACCUUCACAUCUUUUCGUAUCUUUGAGCUCCCAUUGGAACUCAGAUUCUCCAGGAGAUAUCUCCAGGAGAUGUCUCCAGCAGAUUAUUAUUACACAAUUCGACUUUUCCUUUAAGGAAUUACAUGCUUAA